AUGGCUUCCCAAGCAGCAGUACGAGGUGCUAGGGCUGGCAUUUCCGCUCAAUCCACGAGAAGAACCCCGUCCCCGCCUUCACAACUGCAGUCGCAAUGCAUGUGCCCUUGCCGUAACCCGCGAGCUUUCUCCUCAUCAGCGCGGCCUUUCCGACAGCAAACAGAUUACAAAGAGUCCUUUGGGACUCGUCUGCGAAAGGGCUUGAACGAUACAAAAAUAAAAUGGUAUCGAAUACCUGUGGGCCUGGGGAUCGGAUUCCUAGGUCUCGGCCAACUAUACAGAGUUCAUGAGCGAGAGAACGCAAGACGGCGCAAAGAGGAGUGGGAAGAUAAUGGAGUAGUAAAGACAUUCGGAUCUGAAGGAGAUAAGGAGGGAGGAGGCAGGCCCAAGAAGAGGGAGAGGAUCAGGCCGACAGGGCCAUGGCAAGUUCAGGUUAUGUCUACUCUGCCAUUGAAGGCCAUGUCCAGGUUAUGGGGGAAGUUCAACGAACUCGAAAUACCUUAUUAUCUACGUGUUCCUGGAUUCAAGCUGUAUUCUUAUAUAUUCGGCGUCAAUCUUUCCGAAGUAUCAGAGCCUGAUCUUCAUGUAUACCCAAAUCUCGCGUCUUUCUUUUACCGAACUCUGAAGCCGGGUGCUCGUCCACUCGACCCCAGACAGAACGCUCUCUUAUCCCCGGCUGACGGCCGAGUCCUUCAAUUUGGCGCAAUCGAAAGUGGUGAAGUCGAACAGGUUAAGGGAAUGACUUACAGUCUCGAUGCUCUCCUUGGUAAAACCACUCCUGGGACUUCACCAAACCCAUCUAAUUCAAGUGCUAUCUUCUCGCCCAAGUCCGAUGCCAGCACAGCAUCUCGCCGACGAGGUGACGAGGAGAUCAUCAAGCAGGACGAGGAGUUCGCAUCUGUGAACGGAAUAUCAUAUACGCUCCCAAAUCUGUUUUCCGGCAAGAACAAAAAGUCUGGAAAGAAGGCUGAAGAUGCGUCGACAAAGUCUACUGCUUCUUCGGAAGCCGAGGUCCGUGCAGACUUGGCUUUAGGCGAGAAACCAUGGUACUCUCUGCUCACGUCAGAAAAUCGAACUUCACUCUACUAUGUUGUUGUCUACCUUGCGCCCGGAGAUUAUCAUCGUUUUCACUCGCCCUGUGCUUGGGUUGCUGAAAGGCGUCGCCAUUUUGCGGGAGAGCUUUACAGCGUGUCCCCUUACCUCCAAAAGACUUUGCCCGGACUUUUCACUUUGAACGAAAGAGUCGUUCUUCUGGGGAGAUGGCGAUGGGGGUUCUUCUCGUACACUCCGGUUGGAGCUACGAACGUGGGCUCGAUCAAGAUCAACUUUGAUAGAGAACUUCGAACAAACUCCUUGACCACGGACACCGCAGCAGACCGAGCAGCAGAGGAGGCAGCGAAGAACGGAGAAUCAUACACUGGCUUUGCAGAAGCUACAUACGAAGCAGCAAGCCCAAUUCUUCACGGACAUGCUUUGAAGCGAGGUGAAGAAAUGGGAGGCUUCCAACUCGGGAGCACGAUUGUACUGGUAUUUGAAGCGCCAAAGGGACAAAGACCAAGUCUUGACGAAGGCUGGAUGGGCGAAAAGACGAAGAGAAAAGGUGGGUGGAACUGGGCUGUUGAGAAGGGACAGAAGGUCAAGAUGGGUCAGGCUCUAGGAUGGGUUGACGAGUCAUGA